AUGACGUCUGAUUGUGGUUAUUGUAAUUUGCAAUCAAAUAUAGUAAGAGUUAUGCAUUCAUCGUCUAUUAUCGAAAGAAUUUGUACUGUUCUCUCAAAUCCACAUCUUCGUUUUUUCACAUCGUGUAAAGUUGGACAUAUGCACUAUACAGCAAACCGUUAUUCGAAAACCAAAGGUGCCGAAGAUUCUGCAGUUAUAUUUCAAGUUGAAAAUCAACUGUAUUUUGUUUUAAUUACAGCAAUAUUUUUUGCUUAA